CGUUCGGCGGCGGCUGCGGAGCGAUGGCGGCGCCGCUGGCGGCUCCGGGCGGCGCCGGGGCCGGGCCCGGGCCCGGGGCGGGGGCGGCGCGGGGCGGGCGCGGGCCGGCGCUGCGGGAAGGGGCGCGGGUGUCGGCGCUGUGCCUCGCCUGGUACGGGCUGAGCGCCGGCGGCAAUGUGGUCAACAAGCUGCUGCUCGGCGGCUUCCCGCGGCCCGUCACCGUCUCGCUGUUCCACAUCCUGGGGCUGUGCGGGCUCCUGCCGCCGCUGCUCCGCGCCUGGCGCGUCCCGCCCGCCGGCCCCGCGCAGCUGCCGCCCCGCGCCUACCCCCGCUACAUCCUCCCGCUCGCCUUCGGCAAGUACUUCGCCUCCGUGUCCGCGCACGUCUCGCUCUGGAGGGUCCCCGUGUCCUACGCGCACACAGUGAAAGCCACGAUGCCCAUCUGGGUGGUUCUGCUGUCACGGAUCAUCAUGAAGGAGAAGCAGACGACGAAGGUGUACCUGUCUCUGAUCCCCAUCAUCACUGGCGUCCUGCUGGCCACGGUCACAGAGCUGUCCUUUGACAUGUGGGGACUCAUCAGUGCACUCGCUGCUACCCUGUGCUUUUCCCUUCAGAACAUCUUCUCAAAGAAGGUGUUGAGAGAUUCCCGAAUUCACCACCUGCGGCUGCUGAACAUCCUCGGGUGCCACGCUGUGUUCUUCAUGAUCCCAACCUGGGUCCUGGUGGAUCUUUCUUCCUUCUUGGUAGAGAAUGACUUGAGCUCCAUGUCUCAUUGGUCCUGGACUUUGAUGCUGCUUAUAAUCAGUGGAUUCUGUAAUUUUGCCCAGAAUGUGAUUGCCUUCAGUAUCCUUAACCUGAUCAGCCCCCUGAGUUACUCAGUGGCCAACGCCACCAAGAGGAUCAUGGUGAUCACCGUGUCCCUGAUCAUGCUGCGCAACCCCGUCACCAGCACCAACGUCCUGGGCAUGAUGACAGCCAUCCUCGGGGUCUUCCUCUACAACAAGACGAAAUACGACGCGAACCAAGAGGCAAAGAAGCAGCAGCUGCUCCCAGUGACCACCGGGGACCUGGUGAACCUGGAACGGCACCGGAAUCCUCCCGAGAAGUCCCCGAAUGGACUCGCAGCCUUUGGCCAGCACGGGGACUUCCUACGCGGCAACGUCCUCCCGGAGCACUUCCAGUACAGCAGGCAGGGCUAUCCCACAGCCUACAGCCUGAACCGCUUUGAUAUUUAGGGUCCUGGCGCACAGGACUGUGAGAUCACAGCGUCCCCAGCAUUAUCAGAGAACUUUCAGCCCCCCCGCGAGCGCCGCCGAGCUGCGCGGGUUUGGCAGCAGCUUUAAACCUGGACCAGCCAGACCUGACACUGGAACCAAACCCCCGGAGCAGAUCCUGGCGAGGCGCGCGCGUCACUGCAGAGCGGAACGUCUGUCACCGCUCCUUUCAGAGCCUGCCAGCUCCUUGUCCUCUUGGCAGCUGAGUUCUGGCCAGUAUCUCGUUUCCAUGCUGGUAAUGCCACCUUUAACUCGUUCUCUGCUAACGGUUCAAUGAUCCUUUUAAUGAAGCUUUCGGGAAGAAGGGAAAGCAAGGGGUACUUGUGCUGAUCAGGAUCAGCUGCAGGCAGGUAAACUCGAGCUCAUCUCCAGCAUCUGUGCAACCUCUUGUGGAUAUUCACAACUCUUGUGCCUCUGCCUUCAGCCCUGGGUGACAAAGCAGAAGUGUUUCUGGAGGAGCAGGCAGUGGAAGGAUUGACCUCUCCCAGAACUGCUUCAGGAAAAACACAGUUCUCCAAAUCACUGCUCAUGGCAGAGAGCAACCAAGCCCAACCUAAAAUCAUCAUUGUUUUCUGAAUCAUGUAGUCCUGUAAUCCAGACAUUGCUGUCCCCUGGCCAUGCAGGAAACUCCUUCACAAAUAAAAGUGUUUGGAAUAAUAUGAUUUUAUUUUUUUACUUGCUUCACACCUGUUCUUUCAAAAACUGUUUCGUUGCUUUAGAAAUUGACAGGUGAGAGGUGUUUUGUUUUCAGUUUUGUGCAGAAGUUAUGCUCUCAUAUAUCUUUUGAAUGCAUUGAUUUGAACAAUCACCAUUAUUAAUUGUUUCUUAAAACUUUUUAGCCCCUAAUUGUUUGGGUUUUUUAAAUUUCUUAAUUACUGCUGUUGGAGUAGCUGUGUGGAUUUAGCCUGACUUCCACUUCCUGCUGAAAGAAGUGAAAUUUUGUAUCCUGUGCUGUUCCUGCAACUCCCCUGGCUCGAAUAGGAAAUGAAAGAAAAACUGUUUGAAUCGGCAGUAAAUAGAUAAUUUAUGGCUAAGAACUGAUUCAGUAUAAACUCUAGACAAGGUGUCAGGUACUGCAUUUGUGUGUGGAAGGGAUGAAACUUGGCUUCCCUUCCUUUGAACGAAAUUCCUCGGAAUGAAGUGAAACCCAACCUGGAAGUCGUGUUUCACUGAAUCAGAAUUUUCUGUCAUUGCUUUAGUAAAAGAUUUUAGGGGCUUUCUUUCUUUCCCAGACUGUUGUACAGUGAGACUCCGAUAGCAUAAGUUUUAUGCUUUUAACCAGAGAGGUACCAGACACCAGUGACAAAAUCCAGGGUGUGUCACAGAACACUCCUCUUAUUUAUUGCUUUAAAAUGACCAUUUCCAUGAUGUGAGAUGAUGAUUUGGCUCCUUUCUGGAUAAUAAAGAAUUUAUUUUUAAGUGCAAAAUCAAGCUGAUCUUAUUCUUUUGGCUGCUGGGGUGGUAGUUACAUGAACAGCCUUCCACCAGAGAGUCCAAAAGAGGAAAUGGUCCUUCUGAAACUUGAGAGAUGGCUUCAAAAUGCUGCUGCUGCUGUGUGUGAGCAGAACUUCUUGCCUUGACUGGAGUUCAGUGUGUUUGUGCUAGCUGAGCACUUGGGCUUUUGCUAGAAAAUCUAAAUAAAUCUGGCCCUAACCAGGGCGAGCAAGGUCAUGAGGAAACCUUUCCUUCAGGUGAAAUUUCUUCUGCCUGUUGCAGUGUUAAUGUGUGUGUAAUUACUUCUUUUUAAUAUGGGAAAAUGCCAAGUGUGUAUUUCUAGGGCUCCCUUCACAUUUCAGUGCUUUUACCUGCCAGUAGCAAGGGUUUGGUGGACUCUGGAUGUGGAUUAGGUGCUGACUCUGCAGAGACUGAUUUGAGGAUGGGAGAUCCAGGCUGAGAUUUCAGGAGGGGCUGAAGUUCUCCAGCUGCUUUCAAAGGCUGUGACCUGCUGAAUUCCUGCAAAUGCUGACUUGUGUCUUGGUGCCUCAGUUUCCCUUUUGGGAUAAGGAGAUGAUUCUUCUCUGAUCACAGGGGGUAAGAUACCAGAAAAAAAGUGGCAGUGGGGGCCCAGAGAUGUGCAGGGAUCCUCUGAGUUCAUCGCUGUGCCAUGUCCCUACAAGCUCUGCUGCUACAGGGAGUAAAUCAAAACCAGAUCAGAGGCUUUAUUAAAUAUAUUCAGAUUUGUUUCCUUUUAAAGAACAUAACCAAACCUUUUCUGGCAGGUGUUUUCACACUAAGCUUGCCCUGCACACUCCCCAGGGCAGCUCUGAAGCUCAGCUUGUUCUGUAGCCUUGGCACAGCUCAGGGUUUCCUGUUCAGAGCUGUCCCAAAUUCCAGUCCGGGCCCGUGGCCUCACUCCUGUGAGUGAAACAAAACUCUGCUUGCAGGGACUGGCCCAAAAGAGGAUAUCCCACGAGGAAAAAGGGUCCUUUUAGGGCCCAGGGAAUGAAUCUGUUCCCUGGAGAGCUCCUGCUGCUGCAGCCGGGUCUGAGGGCAGCAGGGUGUGGUGCAGGGUGUCAUUAAAUCUGUCAGGUUCCACGGGCUGGAUGUGCUGGAUCCCAAAUCCCAGUCCUUUAGCAAUACUGCCCACAUUCAGGGAAAGGAACUUCCUGACGCUGCUGGAAUAAACACUUCAAUCUUGGAGCUCUGCAAGGGUUUUUGUUUGGCCAAGCGAGAUGUUUGUUUGAAGCAGGUUUGUAAAUGAGUGGCGUGUUUGUAGCCAGGGCUGUAGGAAGGAUAAAAGCUGCAAUAAAGAGGGCAAAGUCUACACAGCUGUGUACAAUGACCCCGUUAGUAACUCAAAGCCAAGGGUUUGGGUUCAUUCCUUGCAGGAAGCUCUGGGAGUGUCCUAAUGGCCACUGCUGAGGGGUUGGGUGGAUGUUCUCACUCACCAACGCUGUAACCAGGGUUAGAACUGGACUUCCUUGAGAUGUUUUGAUUUUCACUAUGCAUUUUUUACACAGAAAUACUCAACAACAUUGAAAAGCUUCUUCCCCAAGCAGCCCUGGGUAGUUGUGGAAAUAAGAAAACCAAUCUCUGCCCGCUCCACGUGGGUGUUCUGUUGGUAGUUCCAAAGAGUAUUUGGUGCUCUUUAAAAAUAUUCCCCCUGCAGGUUCAAUUUUAGUGCCCAGUGGUGGCGAGAGUAUCUUCAUCAUCUGGUAAAAUGUUUGUGGUUUUUAAAUAGCUGAAUGCUAAAUAAAAUUGAGGCAAGACUUA